CUUUCCUGUGCCCAGGCCGCGGCAUUGUGGGAUUGCAGCGUGGAAACAUGGCGGACGCAUUUGGGGAUGAUUUGUUCAGUGUGUUUGAAGAAGAAAGCUCAAGUGGGAAGAAACGGAAAACAGAAGACAGCAAUGCCAAAACGGGGAAAUCACAGCAUGGAAAACUGAAAACUGAUGUUACUGGAUUUUCUUCUAGAGAAAAGAGAGAUAUUGAAGAUGAUGGGACAAGUGAAGUUGUAUUUGGCAAGAAGUCAAAACUUGAAACCAUUUCUGCGGAGGAUGUUAUUCUGACAGACCUUAUGCCAAGAGUGAAAGUGCAACAAGUUGAGACUGUGGAAGGCUGCACACAUGAGGUUGCUUUGCCAGCUGAUGGAGAAUACAUCCAGUUGAAACCACGUCAAGGAAAAGCAGCAAAGGAGUAUCCAUUCAUUCUGGAUCCUUUCCAGAGGGAGGCCAUUUUAUGCAUUGACAAUAAUCAGUCUGUAUUGGUGUCUGCACAUACAUCAGCGGGAAAAACUGUGUGUGCUGAAUAUGCUAUAGCUCUUGCUCUGAGAGAAAAGCAGAGAGUUAUUUUCACUAGUCCCAUCAAGGCCUUGAGCAACCAAAAGUACCGUGAAAUGUAUGAAGAAUUUCAGGAUGUGGGUCUAAUGACUGGUGAUGUGACGAUUAAUCCUACAGCUUCAUGUCUAGUUAUGACAACAGAGAUUUUAAGAAGCAUGCUGUAUAGAGGAUCUGAAGUGAUGAGAGAAGUUGCAUGGGUCAUAUUUGAUGAAAUCCACUAUAUGAGAGAUUCAGAACGUGGUGUGGUAUGGGAGGAGACAAUUAUUUUGCUACCAGACAAUGUUCAUUAUGUGUUUUUAUCUGCUACCAUUCCAAAUGCACGUCAGUUUGCUGAAUGGAUAUGUCAUCUUCACAAACAGGCUUGUCAUGUAAUCUACACAGACUAUCGACCUACACCGUUGCAACAUUAUAUUUUUCCAGCAGGGGGAGAUGGGCUGCACUUGGUAGUUGAUGAAAAUGGAGAAUUCAGGGAAGAUAACUUCAAUACUGCAAUGCAAGUGUUGAGAGAUGCUGGUGAUUUAGCAAAAGGUGAUCAAAAAGGCCGCAAAGGAGGAACCAAAGGGCCAUCAAAUGUUUUUAAAAUUGUGAAGAUGAUUAUGGAGAGAAACUUCCAGCCUGUCAUUAUAUUCAGCUUCAGUAAAAAAGAUUGUGAAGCUUAUGCUUUGCAGGUGUCAAAGCUAGACUUCAAUACCGAUGAUGAAAAGAAGCUUGUUGAAGAGGUCUUCAAUAAUGCUAUUGAUUGUUUAUCUGAUGAAGAUAAAAAACUCCCACAGGUUGAGAAUGUAUUACCAUUGUUGAAAAGAGGUGUGGGCAUCCAUCAUGGUGGCCUUCUUCCCAUCCUCAAAGAAACUAUUGAAAUUUUGUUCUCUGAGGGACUAUUAAAGGCCUUGUUUGCCACAGAAACAUUUGCCAUGGGAAUUAACAUGCCAGCCAGAACAGUUCUAUUCACAAGUGCACGCAAAUUUGAUGGGAAAGACUUUCGAUGGAUUACAUCUGGUGAAUACAUUCAAAUGUCUGGACGAGCAGGCAGACGUGGCAUGGAUGAAAGAGGAAUAGUUAUUUUCAUGGUUGAUGAGAAAAUGAGUCCAGUAGUUGGGAAACAGUUACUUAAGGGUUCUGCUGAUCCUCUGAAUAGUGCUUUUCAUUUGACUUACAAUAUGGUGUUAAACUUGCUUCGUGUGGAAGAAAUCAAUCCAGAAUACAUGCUGGAGAAAUCCUUCUACCAGUUUCAGCAUUACAGAGCUGUCCCAGGGGUAGUGGAAAAGGUGAAGACACUGGAGGAACAGUAUAAUGCCAUCGAAAUUCCAAAUGAAGAAAGUGUAGUUACUUAUUACAAGAUCCGACAACAGCUGGCCAAACUUGGAAAAGAAAUUGAGGAGUAUAUACACAAGCCGAAGUAUUGUUUACCUUUUCUGCAGCCUGGUCGCCUAGUUAAGGUAAAAAAAGAUGAAGAUGACUUUGGUUGGGGAGUAGUUGUUAACUUUUCAAAAAAGUCAAAUGUCAAGGCAACCACUGGUGAAUUGGACCCAUUAUAUGUUGUGGAAGUGCUGCUACACUGCAGCAAGGAAAGUGUGAAAAAUGCUGCAACAGAGGCUGCAAAGCCUGUCAAGCCAGGGGAGAAAGGAGAGAUGCAGGUGGUGCCAGUUAUGCUGCAUUUGCUCAGUGCAAUCAGCUCUGUCAGAUUAUAUAUUCCCAAAGACCUGCGACCUUUUGACAACAGGCAAAGUGUUCUUAAAUCCAUUCAGGAAGUCCACAAACGUUUUCCAGACGGAGUUCCACUGCUUGAUCCAAUUGAUGAUAUGGGAAUUAAGGACCAAGGCCUAAAGAAAGUAAUUCAAAAAGUGGAAGCAUUUGAACACAGAAUGUAUUCUCAUUCUCUCCAUAAUGAUCCAAAUCUUGAAUCAGUAUACAAUCUCUGUGAAAAGAAAGCCCAGAUUGCAGGAGAUAUAAAGGCUGCAAAGCGGGAACUGAAGAAAGCCAGGACUGUUUUGCAAAUGGAUGAGCUCAAAUGUCGAAAACGAGUUCUUAGAAGAUUAGGCUUUGCAACUUCUUUAGAUGUCAUUGAAAUGAAGGGGCGAGUUGCCUGUGAAAUAAGCAGUGCCGAUGAGUUGCUUCUAACUGAGAUGGUAUUCAAUGGACUUUUCAAUGACCUUACUUCAGAACAAGCAACUGCUUUACUCAGCUGUUUUGUAUUUCAGGAAAAUGCAAAUGAAAUGCCCAAACUUACUGAGCAGCUUGCUGGUCCUCUGAGACAAAUGCAGGAAUGUGCUAAACGGAUAGCUAAGGUGUCUGCAGAAGCCAAGCUAGAAGUUGAUGAGGAGCAGUACUUAAAUUCAUUUCGCCCUCAUUUAAUGGAUGUUGUUUACACAUGGGCUAACGGAUCCACCUUUGCUCAGAUAUGUAAAAUGACAGAUGUUUUUGAAGGUAGCAUUAUUCGUUGUAUGAGACGCCUAGAAGAACUGCUUCGACAAAUGUGCCAAGCUGCUAAGGCAAUUGGAAACACUGAACUUGAAAACAAAUUUGCAGAAGGUAUUGCAAAGAUCAAGAGGGACAUUGUGUUUGCUGCCAGUCUUUAUUUAUAGGCCCACUGCUUCUCCAUGAAGCCUGCUGGCACCAUCUCCGCUGUUUCAUUGACACUGGGUGAACCCGAGAACAACUUCAUCUUUGGUGUUAGUAAUGUCUGACAAAAACUUUACUGUAGGUGUCUUAAAUGUUUUAUUUUAUCAGUUGUUAAUGAUAAUACAAUAUAUGCAACAGUUUGUACAUAUUAAGCUUUUACCACAUUUUUAAUAAAAAAAAAAAAAACACA